GGAAGUGUAUUUCGUUCCUUCUUAACAAAACUCGACACCUACAGCUAUAUUUUCACGCUAAAACUGUUUCACUGCCGCUGAUUUAUCUAUUACGUUUAGUCAAAUAUGUAAAGUAAACGGUUAUUUACGUCCGAGUACAGUGAAUGGUAUUUACUUGAUAAUGUUUUCGCAGAAGAAAAGCUCCAUUCCAAUCUUGCCCCUAAAUCCAUACCGGGUUUGGAUAUAACCAGCAUACAACCCUUUUUCAGGCAGGGAAAAUAGCAUUUCAAGUUACAGCCGGUUAAAGCGAGCUUAAAGGAAGCUGGUGUAUUGAACAUUGGUGAAGCUCUACCUCUCUCUCUCUCUGUCCGUUCUCAAUAGAUCUUCUGAGUCUACAGACAGUGUUACUGCCGAACAUGUUACCCAAGACUCGUCUGGGGAAGCGUUCCCCACUAGGGGCGUUGGUGUGUACCUCAUGCCCCUCCAUGGAGAGCACACUGGAGACAGGGGGUCACGUGGAACCUGAGGGGGGGGUGGGGAGCCCAACCAUGGGAUCACCAGGGCCCCAGCAUCUCAGCAGGUUCAACAACAAACUACUUCCUGGACAGAAGGUGUAUGUGUUGUGUGGAGGGCGUGAGUGCACAGGGGUAGUGGAGCAACACAACCAUGUGGAUAAUGAGGUGGCCAUCCUACUGCCUGCUCUGGGACAGCAUGUCCUGAGGAAACUAGAGGAUGUAUGGACCUGCCCCACAGUCCCUCCUCCACCUUCUACUAUGACACAGGGCACAGGCAGACCACACCAAGUGUCCUCCUGCAUCGAUGUGCCCAGGAGGAGUCCAGAGUCGGUGGAAAUGGAUGAGAUGAUGGCAGCCCUGGUUCUGACCAGCCUGUCCUGCAGCCCUCUGGUUCAGAGCCCAACUCAGAGCGACACAGUCACAGCAGGUUCUGCUGGUAUGGAGUGUGGAGGCGGGGAACUCUCAGACAGCAGCAGUAGUGGCUACUGGAGCUGUGACCAUGGCUACGGAAGCCCGGCCCCCUCUCCACCAAUCACAGAAACAGAGGGUCACAGCCUGGCCAUGCCCCCUGAUGAGGGAUUGGACAUGGAGCAGGUGCUGUUUGACGAGCCAACACCACGGAAACGCAGGAACUCAGUGAAGGUGGCCUACAGGUGUCUGUGGCCCAACUGUGGGAAGAUUCUGAAGUCUGUCGUCGGGAUUAAACGUCACAUCCGUACCCUGCACCUGGGCCAAAGCGGUGAGCAUGAGCGUUGCUCCUGCAGUGAGGAGGACUUCUACUACACAGAGAUCCAUCAGCGGGAGCCGCAGCCUCUCACCCCAGCUCUAGGGGUCUCCACCCCCACCCCCAUCCCUACCCCCAGCACCCCCUGGCCGGCCUGCACAUCCCCAUCCAGCCCCUCUCCCGCUGGCGUAGGACCAGGGGCUGGAGCUGGAGGAGUCUCCCCCACAGAAGUGAGCCCCCAGCUCAGCCAGUCUGCCCCCUCCACCCCGUGCUUCUUCUGGCAGGUCCACUCUGAGCACUCCUACCAGGCUCCUGCUCCUGCUCCAGUCCAGGUGGUGGCGCCACCCAUCUCUGUCUCCACCUCCUACCGUUGGACCACGCCCACCUCAACCUCCCAUCCAAGACAGCUCACCUGUGUUUCCCCCUCCGUCCACCAGGGUGAGUCGUUCCGUGUGAGGUCAGUCAGUGUGGGAGAACAGUGGCUGCAGCAGCACAGUCUCCCCAUCAGGCCACACCCUGUCAGCACCUCUCCCCCACGCAGCCACUGGUCCACAAGGAGGAUCCGUGGCGAGGCGAAGAAGUGCCGUAAGGUGUACGGCAUCGAGCACCGGGACCAGUGGUGCACCGCCUGUCGCUGGAAGAAAGCCUGCCAGCGCUUCCUCGACUGAACCCCUCACAGAAGAGGGGGAUGAAGAGCGAGAAAGAAAGAUGGAGCAGUCACCUCUUCAAGUGAAGACUGACGAAAGAUCUGGGGGUCAACCAGUGGAGCACCAUGUACGUUGGUGUUUAUUUAUUUCUUUUUAAAAACCUUUUUGUACUUUUUAUGACUUUACUAACUUUUGUUCAUGUCUUUGACAACUUUGGGUUCUUGUGUAUUGGUGCUCACGGUGAACUCUGCGGGGGGGGCAGCUAAAGGACCUAUGACUGGUAACCUAUGACCUUUACCAGCAGCAUAGUCCUGCAUCUCAGUUCCUCUGUCUUCCUGCCCAGGGAGGGGCUAUAAAGGAAGUGGACCGUGAUCCUCUUCCCUUCCAAAUCUUUGGCUAUAACCUAUAAACAGCAGCUCUUCUAUACCCAGCAGCUAUAUAGGGGAUGUCUAUAGAUCUAUGACAUCAUGCCAUCCAUAACCUGGCUUGGAAAGAAGGCUUGCAGCCUGUUGCCAAUUGUGGGCCUGAGCCAGGCAGGUGCUGAGCAGAAUAUCUGAUCUGUAAAUUAACCCAACUUCCAAACGCCUGGGCAAGAACAGAUCCAUAUGAUACAAAGGUUAACCAAUCCAUCAGGCUUUGGCUUACUGUCUGUGUGUGUAGUGGAGAAUGAUGACAAGGAUAAGAAUGUAAAGUGAUACUAGGAGGGAGCUCGCCCUACGUGACCGAGGUGAAGCUUCACUAAAUACUUACUAACAAACAUGCUAAUUACAGGAUUUAUGUCAGAGAGGAGAGUUGCUAGCCAUCAACUUGCUCAUUUAUUUGUUAAUAAGUAUUGAGUUUCAUUUAUACCAGCUCUUGUCAAUUGCAUAUAGUGCACGGAUUGGCUGGGAGAAUCCACAUUUGCUCAUGAUCUACCAAUCAUCGGUAACCAGGAAGUUGUGUCCUAAACAUUGAGAAUGGAUUGGAGAGUUGUGAUUGGAGGAGAAGUAAAAUGCAGAUUUGGGAGUCAUUAGCCCAACCUGUCUGAUGUUUAUAAGCCAUUUAUUCCUGCAAACUUGUAUGUAGCUUUUUUAUGUAUUUUGAUUUAAGGGAACAAAAAAAUAUUAUUUGGCGAUGUCAACUAUUUUAAUUUGUAUUGUGUGUUUCGUUAUAUUAUGCAGCAAUGUUGUCUAUAUUUUGCAACUUGUCGUUUUUCUAAGGUGUGUUAAAUACAAUGUUCCGCCAAGAAUGACCAUGUUGUGGGAUAUAGGAAUCAAUUUACAUACUUUAGACCAAUCAGAUGUCAUACACAUUGAUUUUCACUUCUCUGAGCAUGACGCAACCAACUGUUAAAGACCCAGUAUCUCAUCCUUGUUGUUAACAGCUACAGUAGCUAUCCUUUCAGUUAUGCCUUAAAGUCUUCUUAGAGUUACACCAGAAAUUGUCUAUAAUAUAGCCUCUUAACGGGCUUUGGUUACUCUAACGGAUAUCAUUUCAGAGCACUGUAGUCUAUAAUUAAAGAGACUCUGACAGAAUAGGACAUGAAAAUAUUGGGUGCCUGUAAAACAUAGUCAUUGGCAGCUUUGGUCUCUUAUAUACUCACAUCGUUGUAAUAAAAUGAGCCAUUUGUAUAAAUACAUUUUGUCAGGAAUCUAUCUCCAUACAUUUGCCAUAUACUUGGAUAUCCAACCCUCCAGUACCAGCCUCAGUUCUGCUGAGACACUAACUGAAUGAUGUUAUCGAGGUUUGAUGUGGAAUGUGCCACGUGGUGCCAAUAAUAAGAACUUUAAUUAUGGUGCCAGGAUUGAGUCUGAAAACAUUUACAUGGCUAAGGGCUUAUCUAGAAUGAUACGCUGCUCAAGGGCAUUGUGGCCCUAAUCCAAACCCUUGUCACCCUGACACCUAUUGUAAAUUAACAUGCAUACAUCGUUCAGCAUAAAAUACAUGAAUGAUUGUUUAUUGAAACUCAUGUUUCCUUGCAGUAAGCCAAUGAAUCCACAGAAGCAAAAAGCACUUAUAUAUAAAUAUAUAUUGUGUUAUGUACAGGUAACUGCCAAAAUUAAUGGAAACACUUGAGAAAAUGAGGGAUACAAAGUAUAUUGAAAUCAGGUGCUUCCACACAGGUCUGGUUCCUGAGUUAAACAAUUAACAUCCCCGCAUACUUAGGGUCAUGUGUAAAGUUGCCCAUUAUUUUGGCUACCAUGGCUAGAAGAAGAGAUCUCAGUGACUUUGAAAGAGGGAUCUUAAAGGUGCAU